GGCUAGGUCACGGUCGCAGUGAAUGGCUGGAAGUUGAGCCGCUACAAAAACUGUCUGCUACCAGAAAGUAGCCACAUUUUCGCUACGAACUCUCGUCCAGGACAGACGAUUUUUCCAUUUGCUCCUUUGCUUGGGUCUCACGCUUCUCUUGCAACACCCAGGGAAAAAUCAAUUAAAUUUUUCAAAACAAAAUAAUCAUGAAGACUAUUAUUUCACUAUUAUUGGUGGCACUAGCAGCUUGUGCUUUGGCCCAAAGGGACGACUUCGACUGUCCUGACAACUUCGGUUUCUACCCUCACUUCAGAAGUUGUGACAAAUACUGGGCUUGCGAGAACGGAACGGCUACUCUGAAAGUAUGCGGCAACGGUCUUGUUUUUGAUGAUGCUGACCCACUCAGAGAAAACUGUGCCUAUCCAUUCAGUGUCAAUUGUGGAGACAGAUCAGAUCUAGAACCCCCUAUAAGCACCCCCAACUGCCCACGUCUGUACGGUAUCUACUCCAACAAGGACAACUGCCGCGUCUUCUACUCUUGCUGGAAUGGUGAAGCUUCAAAAUACGAAUGCCCACCAGGCCUUGCUUAUGAUUCUGAACAACGUGUCUGCGUUUGGGCUGACUUAGUGGAAAGAUGCGACCAAUUCGAAGUUGCCGAAGGAUUCGUCUGCCCUGACCCAUCUGAUGUUGACCAACCAGGUCUUUACAGCCGACACGCCCACCCUACUGACUGCAGAAAAUUCUACGUUUGCAUUGAAGGAACCGCAAGGCCAUAUGGAUGCAGUUUAGGCACAGUAUUUAAUGUUGACAGUCUGCAAUGUGACGAACCUGAAAAUGUUCCUGGAUGUGAAAACUAUUAUGGAGAUCUUGAUGUGAAGACAUUGAAGAAAGCACAAGGUUGAAUGAACUUAUAAUUAGGCAAUCCAUCAUGCCUUUCAGUCAAAGGAAAAGUUCUUGCUUUCUGUUCCAUACAUCUUGUGUACAUUACAUCUCAGCAACUUCUUGCACCAUCUUUCAUUCAACAAUUUAUGAAGUAUCUUCAAUAGGGAAAGACUAAUUUUUAUACACUAUCUUCCAAUAUUUGCUUAAGAAAAGUAUGUUUUUUAAAUAGUGCACCUCACAAAAAUGAACUUGAAUUUUUUAUUUUAUUUAACUUAUUUAAGAUUUUUUGCAAUAUCUCGCAAGUAGAGCUUGCCGUAUUAACACACACACCCCUUGAUUUUAGUUUUCAUCAAAAUUAACGUUACCAGAAUGAGCUGAAAGAUUAGAAAGUUGUACUACUUAAUUUUAUACCUAGCAUUUUUUGAUAAUGCCCCAAACGUGCCAACGCUAGCUUAUUAUUUUUUUUAUUGUAUUGCUUGAUUUAAAAUAUUCGACGACGAAUCAGAGUCAUCAAGUAUGACUUAGAAAAUAAAAAUUGAAAUGUCUUCAUUUACUAGUGUGUUUGUCUGUGUGAAACAUUCAGUCAUGAUGUUUUGAGUUUAAUUCUUUGUAACAAGGAAUAAACUGUGAUGAUGUGUAAAUGUAAAUUUACAUUUUUGGUGUAAAUAAAGAUUUCUACAAACA